CCGCCCGCUUUCCCGUGGCCGCUGUAGCAGGAAGCUGCGGAGCGCGGCUGGUCAGCGCCUGUGGAAACGAUCGUUGCGUCCCGGGGGCUGUCGGCAACGCCCGGGAAACUUUCUGAGGGGGAGCCGGGGAGGGCGGCGCCCCUUCGCCCGUAGCCUGAGGAAGCGGGGCCGGAAGGGUUUUUCGUCGUUUGCCACCGGGCGGCUCCCGGCUCCGCCCGCCGCUGCCGGGAGAAGCCGUGCGGGGCGGUGGGGGCGGCAGCGCCGGGUGCCGCGGCCGCCUCCGCGGGGCGGCCUGACAUGAGAUCAUCGCCGGCAGCGGCAGCAUGGCCUCUGCCAGGAGCGGCGGCCGCGCCGGGCCGAGGGACGAGGAGACCAACGGCGAGCCGGACCGCUCCCUGCAGCAGAUGCUGCGGGCGAUAGCGGAGGAGCGGAGCCGCGCCGGCCUCCGACAGGAGAUCAGCGGCCUCGGUUGUUUCAAAGAUGACCGGAUUGUAUUCUGGACUUGGAUGUUUUCAACGUACUUUAUGGAGAAAUGGGCCCCCCGGCAAGAUGAUAUGCUCUUCUAUGUCCGUCGAAAACUGUCCUAUGUCAGUGGUGAUAGUACAGAGGGGAAAAAGCAGGUUGAAGUUGAAGUUUACCGGAGAGAUUCUAAGAAGCUUCCUGGCCUGGGAGACCCCGACAUUGACUGGGAAGAGAGCGUCUACUUGAACCUCAUCCUGCAGAAGCUGGAUUAUGUAGUGACAUGUGCUGUGUGCACACGCUCCGAUGGAGGAGAUAUUCACAUUCACAAAAAGAAAUCUCAGCAAGUGUUUGCAUCUCCUAGCAAACACCCAAUGGACAGUAAAGGAGAGGAGUCAAAGAUCAGCUAUCCAAACAUAUUCUUCAUGAUUGACAGUUUUGAAGAGGUUUUCAGUGACAUGACUGUGGGAGAAGGAGAAAUGGUCUGUGUGGAGCUGGUGGCCAGUGACAAAAGCAACACUUUCCAAGGGGUUAUUUUUCAGGGCUCCAUUCGCUAUGAAGCACUCAAGAAGGUCUAUGACAACAGGGUGAGUGUUGCAGCUAAGAUGGCUCAAAGAAUGUCUUUUGGCUUUUAUAAGUAUAACAACAUGGAGUUUGUGCGGAUGAAAGGACCCCAAGGCAAAGGACAUGCAGAGAUGGCAGUGAGUAGAGUUUCUACUGGUGACACUUCACCAUAUGGAACAGAAGAAGAUUCAAAUCCAGACUCACCAGUGCACGAGAGAGUCACUUCUUUCAGCACACCGCCAACCCCAGAACGCAACAAUCGCCCAUCUUUUUUCUCCCCAUCCCUCAAGAGGAAAGUGCCACGAAAUCGAAUUGCUGAGAUGAAAAAAUCCCACUCAGCAAAUGACAGUGAGGAAUUCUUCAGAGAUGAUGAUGGUGGAGAUCUGCACAAUGCAACAAAUCUGAGGUCGCGGUCCUUAUCUGGAACAGGACGGUCUCUGGUGGGCUCCUGGCUGAAGCUGAACAGAACAGAUGAAAACUUUCUACUCUAUGCACACUUAACUUACGUCACUUUGCCAUUGCAUCGAAUUUUAACAGAUAUCCUGGAAGUGCGGCAGAAACCAAUUCUGAUGACAUAGCAGAGAGCGGGCACUGCCUUGGAGCCUUGUUGCCAAGUGCCUCACCACAGCGGUUUUCUGUGCUAACACUACCAUCUAGUGUCAAGAACAUAAACCUCCGCAGGAAAAAGGGAAGUCCAAGAAUACCAGCCGAUCAAAAGUGCCUCUUUCUUCCUUCCUCUGCUGUCACACACCAUAUGCACACUUGCAGUACAUCGCUCGAGCGUUUCUGACUGGAAGACGACUUUCAGCAAGAUAAAACGAGAAGGGGCUGUUCUUAAAACGAGUCAACGCUUCGUGGACAGUUUGUUACUGUGUUUACUUUAUAUAACUGAGAAACCAACGAUAUGUACAAAAUGUGUAAAACUUUAUAUUCUUUGAGAGAAACAACCUGGGAAUUUCAUAAUGAUGUACUAAUGAACGUCGUUCCAUAGACUCUGGCCCGUACACUGUCCUUGUCGGUUUGGCUUAACGUGUGUGUGAGUGUGUGUGUGUGGGGAUUGAAGGGAUGAGAGAAAAAUUUCCUACUGUGAGAGGAAAAGGAAAAAAGAUGCUACAAGGGUACGUCGCUAUUUUGGUACGUGCAGCGGGUCAGGUCAGAGCUUAAAAGAGGCUGAAAAUGUUCCCAUUUGUUCAUGUGUCAGUGUUAGGACAGGUGAACUCUGCUUACAGAUUAUCCAUAUCUACCAAAGAACAGCAACAUUUUCAUCCUCAGGAACUGGCCAAGAAAAUGAGCCAGUGAAAGGCAGGCUAAAAUGUGCUGCUAUAGUAAAGCCAGGGUUCAUAUCCAGCACUAAUGCUGCUUAUCUCUCUCUGUUAGCUGAGUUGAUACAAGUUUGAGUCCAAAGUGGAAAAAUAGGAGACCAUAAUUGGACUCCAAAACCUAAAAACCUUACCAAUAACCAACACCCUCCUGCAUGCACUGAACUUCAGGGUAUGUAGCGUCGUCCUUGAGUUUGUAGCCAAGGAGGGCAUGAGAGCUGAUUAAUGGUUGGGCAGCUUGCCCGGAUUCUUCAUCUCCUGGUCGUGUUUUUCUGUAUUGUUAUGUGCUGAAGCGCAGAGAGUUUUCUUGAAAGACAGAAGAUUGAAAUGUAAUUCUGCUCUGAAAAGUGACUACAAAUUGCACAGUGGGAGGUCUGAAAAGUGGUGUGUCAGGAGCUCUCAGGAAAAAGCCUUAUGUUUACAGGUAAAAUGCAGCUUUCUCUAAAUAGCCAAACUCUGCUGUCCUUGACAUUUGAAAGCUAAAUGGUUGAAUACUGAGACUACUACGCUCUGGUUCACUGUUUUGAUAUGGGAGCCAGUCAAUACUUCAGUUUAUUUACGCCUGCGUGACUGGCAGAGCAAUGGGUGGGGUAACGUGCCGCUUACAGCACGUGAGACUCCAAUACACGCACAGAGGGAGAGCAAAGAUGCCAUUUUUGUCACUUUUCAGACUCCGAGCACCUAAACUUAAUGCUGUUGCCACAGUAACCAAAUGGCAUGUGCUCUGAGCCUGGACCUUAGUCUCCCUCAUACUCAGCCUUUCCCAAAGUGCUUUGUUGUUAUUCUCUCAACAGAGAGGAUGGUGGCACAACCUCUCAAAUAGGACUUUCUGCUUUUUUUUUCCUCCUCAGGCCAGGUUCCAUGUGAAUAGCUCCCCUUCAGCAUAAAGGUAGACUAACUUCAUCAUUCAGUGCAGCGUGGUGAAUCCAGCGUGGUGAGGAGGUCUUUUUUUCAUUUGAGGCUAAGCCUAGCAGCAGUUGCCUUUGCGCAGAUGGAUGGCAUUUCUAACAUGGGCAGCUCAGGUGCAUGACAGGGGAGGCUGACCAGUUUUUAGCUUGCUUCGAAUGCAUUGCAACAGCGUUAGAAAAACGUUCGCUUUGUCAUUGUCAGCACGGUCACUUUUCACGUUGCAGCCUUUGAACUUUGCUCCGCGGGAGCGUGCGGUUGUGCCCGUGUGCGUGUGAGGGUGUUUGCACAGUCAAACCUGAGGCGGGUAAUUGGGGUGCCUGGGCUUGCGUCCUGAGGUGGAGUCCUAAAUGAGCAGCUGAAGUGCCCUCUCCAGGAGCUUGCUGGGCAGCCUCGGUGCUUACCAGAGAUCCCUGGGUUGUGUGCCUAAUGUUGGUUGUUAUAAAUAUUCUCCCCUGUGCUCAUGCUGAGAAUUAAACCACUCUUAGGUGGAAGACCAGUCCUACUCUGAAGCCUUUCAAGAUGCUCCUUAUUCUACACUUACAUACUGCUGGGCUGGGCAAAUCAGUGCUCGGUUUUCCUUUAAAUAUUCAUUGGGGAGGGAAGGGAGGGAGGAUUAAUAUUCGUACUACUAGUGACAAUUGAUACCUUUCAGUCAAACAGCCAGAGGAGUAACACACGUGAAAAGGAAAUGUAUCCAGAUUGGAACCAAAGUGGUAGGUGCCUGAAUACCUCUCAGUCGACAGUGAUUUGUAAUGCUUUCUUGAUAUCGUGUAUUACGUUUAGGUAGCUUAAUUUCAUGUGAUCUGAAAGACCGGUCAAAUCUUGCUGCAUAGGAUUUCAGAGCAAACGAAGAAUUAUUCCAAACUAGUACACUAGUACAAAGGCAACAUUACAGAAAGGAUGUUUCAGAUCCCAAAUCUAUUACACAGAAGGUAUUAUCUGCUUUGUUACAUCUACGUGGGUGGAUUUUGAUGUGUAGUUUUUGAAGGGCUGCAAUGUAAACGUCCUGAAAAAAAGCCAGUGUAUUUCUUGUAUCUUGCUAGUGGAUAUGCUAUAGGUAGGUCAAAGACUCACCUUUUUUAGUAGAAAAGGGCUACAGGUGUGCCCAGAUGGACAUUCAUAGAAAACAGAGGUCAGGUAGUCUACUGAAUGUCAACAGUGCUUUUUGGAAACAGAUAGAUGUGCCAGAUUCUCAGUUAUUCCUCCCUAAACAACAGAAUUAGACUUCUCAUGUAUAGCCCCUGGUUCCUACUUUCUGUCUUCAAGUGGUGGAAAACAAAUGCCAUGUUUUGUUCUGCUUUUAAACAAACCUUGAAAAUUGUGAUUUGUUGUCCUCAUAUAGACAAACAGGGAAGAGUUUUGCUUGGGUCAGGGUGGUACAGCUGGGCCCUUUGCAUGCUAGUGCACUAUAGCAAAAAAUAAAAGGGAAUGUUAAUAGGAACCUCUCGCCCUUUUAAUUUGGAGGAGUUUUAAUUCUGUAGCUCCGAACAGUAAACCAUUUUGAGCCUCUGUUGGCCAUUUAAAUAAUUGCUGAGGAACGAACUGGCAUGUUCUGCAUGCCAGAACAGCUGUGGCUGUCAGUGUCUCAACUGUUAGAGCACGGUGGUUUUCUUUAGUUGUGUUGAUGCUUGAGAAUGCAGCUCAGUUAACGAAUUUGAGAAGCUUUGCAGAACAGCUUUAUUUCUUUACAGAAUCUCAGCAUACCUCAUUAUUCACUUAACUCUUUCCAUCUUUCUGCCCAUUCACUCCCUCUGAAAAUGGAGGCUUACCUCUUGAACCUCUCCAUAGACGAUGCAUAUUGAUAGAUGUCAAAUGCAAGGAUGUAUAUCUUUUCACCCUUAACAGCUUUUUCAAUUUAACAAGUAAAAAGCCUUUGCUUCUAAAGAAAGAUCUUAAAUCACUUAUUUUGUAUUAGCAGAUUAUUGCUCUACCUUAGGGACCACCAUGUAUGUGAAAUUGCAUUCUCUCAUUGCCAGCCAGCACAGGGUGGGUUCCAGGUGUCCUUGUUAAAGAAGACGAUGUUUUCAGAAACACCACAAAUCUUUCAGCUGUCUUGGAUAAUCCGGUUCGUGUGGGUUCAUAUUCCUUUUCUUUUUAUACUCCUGGUCUUCAUUGUUUACAAGACUCGAGCACAUUGGGCUCUGGAUCGCUGGUACUUGGUUUUUUGUUUCUGGACAUGGUGUCCUUUCUCGAAAAGAUAAUUGUUUGCAGGGUUGACUUUCCACAGUAGAAUAGUUUUCCCAAAGUCUAUUCUUACACCAAGUUUAAAUUAAAACAGUGAAGUCCUUGGCUCUCCAGACAGAUUUCUUCUGGCAGGCCCUCACGUACAGAAUCCCAUCUGGUCACUGGGGAUGUAAAGUCCAUGUAAACAGUCUACACUUUUGGACUAUCGACCUGCUUCUUCCAAUCAUUAUUUUUUCCCUUUCCAGAUGAUGGCUUGCCCCGUAUUUUGUAGUGUAAAGCCUCCCCUUAUUAAAGAUAGAUAUAAGAUAAAAUCUUCAGAAGUGCCUAAACCCUGUUGUUGUCCAGUGGGGUUUAAGAACAGAUUUUUAUUUAAGAAAUGAAUAGUCUUAAAUUCUGUCGGUAUUAUGUGUAGCAGCAACAAGAAAUGACAAGUUAAUAGUUCUCGGAAGAACUGGCCGUCUCCCACGGACUCACCCUUCGUGUUUGAAAGACUCUCGUGGUCUCCUAAGGUCAUGGCUGAAAGCUCUGGAAAAUGGAUUUCUGGUGAUCACAGCAGUCAGAUGUCUGCGAAUGCCUUAUCUUUUUUCGUGAGGUAUGACUGAAAGUGUGUGGUGCUGGCGUGUAGGAAUUCUGUGUCACAAAUAGAUGCGGUAGAAUCCAGUUAAAGGCAUCGUGAAAUAAGUAGCUUUUACACCAAACCUUAAACAAAAGAGUGUUUUACACCAGAAUGUAGCUGUUUGGAUGCUUGGUCAAGAUAAUACAAGGCUGCAAGCAGGUUACAUUGUUGAACGUUCUCUGUGUAAAUAUAUAAAUACUCUCCGCCUCAUUUUAUCAGACUAACACAUGUUGCAUGGUUUGGGGUUGUUUUUUUUUGCCUCAUUGAUCAUCGGUGUUGAUUAAAAGAUGAUGGGUUGAAAAUCACGCUGGCGCUGUACUGAGCCCUUUGAACAAAGAGCAAGGAGAACCUUUGUGCACCAAAAAUGGAGUUGACUUUGCGUACGGCAGCAGUGCAGAAAGCGUUGGACCCUGCAGCCAAUAAACAGACCUCUUAAAUGAC